UCCGUCGACAUCUAUCUGCGCACGCGCGCCGCCAUCUGGUUGCUAGGACACACGCGAUCAGUUGCCCGUGCUAAGAAAAACGUGCUCGGCAACAAGUUGCUUUUUGUUCUAAGUUAUCCCACAAAGUUCGCGACGCAGGAGGUCUAGAACUACUUGACUGGAACCAAUUCGAAAGAUUUGGACUGUCCAUCUUCAAGUGAUUUUGUGUGCGUUGAAGCUUCGCAGCCAAGUUAGCUUAGCUUAGCUUGCGAACAAAGAACAACGUGAACAUCAAGUUGGAGUCUCCUCAUGUGUGCAAAAUGCGUGCAAGAAGGUCGCCAGCGGCAAAGUUCGAGGCGGAAAUUUGUGCCGCAAAAGCUCAGCGUCGACAUCAGCUCUCGACUGCUUGCAAAAUGCAAGUAAAAGUUGUUCUUCGCAGACUAGCAGGUUUCAGCAAAUAUCUUGGUCCUGAUGCUCAACAGCUAAAGAGCGAAGUACAACAUCCAAUCAGAAAGGAGGAGGUAGCGCUGCCAUACGUUAAAGAGGAGGAUGAUAUCACCAUGUCGAGUGGUGAGCCCUCGAAUGGCGAGGAUGGUCCGAGUGAGGUUAGCAGAGGGACGGAGCCUCAAAGCGGCAGCAGCAGCUCAACAAAAGGACACAUUUUCAUUGCACCGUCAGAUAGAAAAGGCACCACGUCACAUUCCCCUUACAAAGAUGGUGGUCAGAAGAAAUCUCACGGUGACGGCCAACUCUGCAAAUGCUCUCAGUGUGAGAAAACCUUUUCUAAUAACUAUGCUUGUCGUAAGCGUAUGAGGAGCCACACUGACGAAAAACCUUUUGUCUGCUCAGUUUGUGGCCAAAGAUUCAGUCGAAAGGGUGUCUUAAAGUGCUUGUGACACGAAAAAGCAUGUUUAUUUCAUAAUACACGCGGUAUUUUAUGCUCCUGAAUGAUAUGGACCGCUUGGAUGUGUGUGGAAGCGAUCGCUAUAUUUAUUUAGUUUUUUGAAUCCCGCGCCAGGAAAAUGAGUGACUUCCGGCUUCGGUCUCGCAUUGAGGAGGAGGGCGCUGUGACGUGUACGGUAGAAGACGUCCUCUUCACGCUACAGUGUACUGUUGUGUAUGAGGACGAAGGAUUCAGCUGAUUUUGCGGAUUAAUACUUUUAUUUUUUGCAUCACGCCAGCCAAACGGCUGCAGAAAAAUCAUUCUGUAUGCGGGAGAGGCGUAUGCGCCUUUUUGGAGUUUCAAAAGGUUCCCAUUCACCAUGGAUAUUUACUGUGGGACCAUUGGACUUACAAGGAAGUGAGUAAACAUCUUGUUUUGUAUUAUGUCAAAUACGAAUACAGUGAUUACAAAGUAAACACUAUAAAAUUCCUUUAAAUAAAGGACUACUUACGUUUGAUCAUUGAUAGGCAUGUAAAAAGCUAUCCUCACGCUCAUUAGCAGUUAGCUGUUAGCACGUUAGCUACACAACAAUUCCAGCCACCCUCCUCCAGGGAACGAACUGUAAAUUGCUCUCCGCCGGGCGGUUUGACGAUCCGCAAAGAAACUCGACAACCGGGUCGUCAUGUCAAAUAAUCCAGGCUAGUUAUGUGUGAUUUUCCACUUCGAAGACUUUGAAACAUCCCUCGGUUCGGGUUAGCAUGUCGGCUAGCUGUCACUCCUUCUGGUCUGUUUACAUUCUCUGAAGCCGGGGAAGGGAAAUGACAUAUGUCCGAUUUAGGUGUCAUAAAAUAUCGUUCGGCAGGUGUGACAGUAAAGAUAAAGUCGACUGUUUUGACCAUUAUGGAGUAAUUUUGCCAUGUCGUCUUGAAUAAAUGGAUUUUUAUUAUUUUAUA